AUGUCAGUUCUGCUAACGAACAAAUAUAAAUUAUCGUCGUCUAAUGUGGAUGGUCGUACGGCAGUCACUUCAUCACGUUCAUCGUCUAAUAUAGAUGGUCGUACGACAGUCACUUCAUCAUGUACACCGUCUAAUGUGGAUGGUCGUACGGCAGUCGCUUCAUCACGUUCAGAGGUGGUUCUCAGAUCGUACUCUAUUUCAUCCCAUCAGAGCUGUAAUGAUGGUGAUGGUAAGCAAAGGGGCUCAAAUACGCCAUGGAUGUCAGUCAUCAGAGAAACGUCCGUUAUGCCUGAUAAUGGGGCACCAAAAAAUGCUGAUAACGUAGUAACUCCGGUAUCCAAUACGUGGUUGAAAUGGAUCAAAAGGCCUUACAAGUAUUUGCAUCUCAAUUAUUUAUUCUCAUUGGCAUUCAUGAUGAUAUAUAUGUUCCUUGGUGCACUACUAUUCCUCUGGCUUGAAGGGGCCUCAGAUCAAGCUCGAAAAUUGCAUGAAUAUAAAUUUUAUAUUCGUCAAAGAGAAUUGUUUCUCGAACAACUCGAUGAAAUAUAUCAUGUCGAAGCAUCACAACAAAGAAAAAUUUUGUUGAAGAAAGCUAUUGAUUAUUUACAUCGGCAAAUUGGAGUUUCAUUUAGUAAUCGAUCGGAGUGGUCACUCACAACUGCUAUGUACUAUUCUGGUACGGUUCUCACAACAAUCGGUUUGUUUUGGUUUUAUUACUAA